UUUCAACGUGUAUAUUCUCUUCAAGGAGAGGGAGGGGGACAGGAAGCAACAAGGCUGAUGGGAGAUGUGCUCCAAGUUAAUGAGAAAAUGCAGAUGAGUGGAGUUGGGCAGUAGAAAUGAUACCAAACUUUGUCUCCUCCCUGGUGCCCGUCGCUGAGCGUGUUUUUCAGCUGUUGUCCUCCUCGGAUCUGGAAGGGAAAGCACGGCGGAGAGCGUUAAAAAAAUGCUGGAGUCAGAAAUAUUGAAGUUUAUUUGCGCCAAUCAAGGAGCAGUCAACACGGAUGAUCUGGUGUUUAAUGUCUGCUGCGGCGAUUCCACCAGCCUGUCGGAGAUCAUCUGUAACCAGGAUAAAUUUGCCCUGUGUUGUCGCAACGGGCAACCGAAGGUGGUGGCCAGGACCAAGCUGAAACUGUGCUGGCCCAGGGACUGUCAGGGGACGUGUGGGAAGCUACACCUGUGUAAAAACUUCCUUUUCAGCGGAUCCUGCGCUUUCAGUCUCUUAAGGAGAGGAUGCAACUUCUCCCAUGAGCUGAACUCUGACCACAAUAAUGUGAUACUGAGAAAACAUGACCUGGAGAAUCUGAGCAGGACAGAGCUGUGCACACUGCUGCUGCAGAGCGACAACACGCUCCUGCCUCCUAUAUGUCAUGAUUACAACAAUGGUGACGGGGAGUUCGGCCGGUGUCAGAAUGGAGAUGGUUGCAAGAGACUGCACAUCUGUGAGGGGUACCUGAAUGGUGACUGCAGCUGCCCCAAGACCCAUGAUUUUUGGGCUCCACAGCCGUUGAAAAGCCUAAAGGAGAAAGGCGUGCCUGACAACCUCGUUUUCACCUUGAAGGCCGUUUACACAAAUAAAGAGACUUUAUGGGUCUCUGGCAACAGAGGUGGUAGGGGCAACAAGGGAAACCAUCAAAAGCAGCAACUAAACCUUUCUACGAGUGAUGCCAGUGCUAAUGCCGCCUUUACAUUUGUGAGCAGUGACAGUGGUCUGAUUUUAACACAGGAGUGGUACAGAGGGAGAGGUGGUCAACAGGGCAACAGGGGCAAAAGGGGCAAAAGGGGAGGCAGAAGAAAAAAAGAAAACCAGGGCAACCUUCUAAGCGGGCAAAGCUGUUCCACCUGUGACAUCCAUAGUGCUGUUGAUUCUUCUUCCAGCGACAGUGAUACGAGCAGCGACGAUGGUCAGAACAGAAAACAAACACAGAAGCCGAACAGAACCUCAGCAGCUGCCACAGGGAGAGGUGGUAACCAGGGCAACUGGGGCAACCAUCAGCAGCUGAAAAAAGGCCGUUCCACUAAUGACAUAAGUGAUCUUCUCAGCAACAAACACGCAAACAGCAAUGAUGGGCCAAACAGAAGACAACGACAAAGGCCUGUUAGAGAUAAAACUGAGAUUUGCAUGUAUUUCAUCAAAGGAAGCUGUAAACAUGAGGAUAAGUGUUUUAAAGCUCAUGACAAGAUGCCGUACAGGUGGCAGGUCAAACAGGGUGAUCAGUGGAACGCCUUGCCUGAUAACGAGACGAUCGAGAAGGACUACUGUGAUCCCAAAAACACAUACAGUAGCAGCACCCCACCUGUUUAUUUUGACACGAUGACCAGUGGACUGAACCAAGUACGACGACUCUCUACCGUUAACUCUUUGGUUGAGCCGACCUUCAUCCACACCACCGAAUGGGUUUGGUACUGGGAGGAUGAGUUCGGGAAGUGGAACAUGUACACUUCAUCUACCAGUGGACACAAAGCAGCAGACAUCGGCAGCGCUCAGCUGGAACAGAAGUUCCUGGACAAUGACAAAGAUGUUGUGGAGUUCACAGCUGGUUCACAGUCAUACUCACUCAGUUUCCAGGACAUGAUACAAACAAACAAGCAUUAUGGCACUAAGAGGCUUGUGAGAAGACGGCCCCAGUUUGUCUCUGCGGCGGAUGUCAAAACAAAGAGAGUGAGACGACCUAUGGGUCAACCAAAUUUCUGCACCAUACCAGACCACUGGGAUAAGUCACAGAUUCCUGAAACAGGAUGCAAGCGAGUCUUCCUCCAACCCUCCUCAGACGAAUAUAAGGAGAUUGAAGCUCUUUUCCGUCAAACCAUGAGAGGCUUUGACAUCAUCAGAAUGGAGAGGAUACAGAACAAAGCUCUUUGGGAAGUCUUUCAGUGGCAGAAGAAUCUGAUGAAGAACAAGAAUUCUGGACGCAACGCAACAGAAAAAAGGCUUUUCCAUGGCACUGACUCUAACCACGUAGAUGCUAUCUGCCUCACCAACUUUGACUGGAGAAUCUGUGGAACUCAUGGAACUGCUUUUGGCAAAGGGAGUUACUUUGCCCGGGAUGCCAACUACUCCCACAGCUACACUGGUGACUCUGAUGUCAAGUCCAUGUUCGUCUCACAGGUACUGGUGGGAGACUUCACCAGGGGCUCCUCUCACUACUGCCGACCUCCUUCCAAGGACGGUGGGGACGUAAACUUCUACGACAGCUGUGUAGAUGAUGUUAUAAACCCUUCUAUCUUUGUUGUAUUUGAGAAGCACCAGAUCUACCCUGAGUACCUGCUGCAGUACAAAACCUUGCACCCUCUUGUUGCUUUAUAUGGUGCUUCGUCAGCACCAGCACCUAAACCAGUAGCAGCACCUAGACCGGUUACCAGACCCGGCAGGCUAACUGCCCAGCAUAGCGCAACAGUUCGGCAACGUGCCACAGUCUCACACCAACCCAGCCUGUCAGUUUAUCAACCCAGCACACCCUCAUACCAACCCACCACACCAGUUCAACCCACCACAACAGUUCAGCGCAGCACACCAGUUCAACCCAGCACACCCUCAUACCAGCCCAGCACACCAGUUCAACCCACUACAACAGUUCAGCGCAGCACACCCUCAUACCAACCCACCACACCAGUUCAACCCACCACAACAGUUCAGCGCAGCACACCAGUUCAACCCAGCACACCCUCAUACCAACCCACCACACCAGUUCAACCCACCACAACAGUUCAGCGCAGCACAUCCUCAUACCAACCCAGCACACCGGUUCAACCUACCACACCUUCAUAUCAACCCAGCAGCUUUUAUUACCAAGCCAGCACAGGCACUUACAAUUACCAACCCAUCAGAACAUCUAACCAACCCAAGCAAUCCUCUGCAUCUUCCUCACCAAGCCCAAAAGCAAAGAAGAGCUCUGAUACCUGUGUCAUUGCUUAGGUGCAAAGGUAAAGUGUUUUGUUUGGUUUUUUUUUGGUUUUUUUUUUGAGUGGAUAAUAUCUGCACUAAUAGGAAUCAUUAUUAUUGGCAUUUGAAGGAGCUUGACAGAGCUCACGCAAAAUGCUUUGGAUAAUUUGGUGAAUAGAUUAAAUAUAGUAAAAUCCAUUAAAGGAAGAUGACACAAUAAGAUGGUGUAAUAAAAAAAAAGCACCAGUCAAAUUUUAAACAAUUUGCAAACGUGAUAGAAAUAUGGCAUUGUGUUUCAUGUAUUCAUUUAUGGAAGGUGACUGUCUCCUAGGUUAAUUCAAUGCAUGGAUGCUCAGGUCACAUGCUACAUCAUGACUGAAUUCACUUUGUAGUUUUUUUUUAUUUCCUGCAUUUCCACUCACAUACAUGUGACUUUGAUUUGAACCAGUCGAAUUAGUCAGUUAGAAGAAGCAUCAGUUGGCUUAACGUAUCACAAACGUGCAGUUAUGAGAAAUUUGCUCAGGAAAUUUUAUACAUCACACACAUUUAAAUACUCAUUCUGAAUAUUUGUAAUAUAGAAUACAUCAUAUUUAGUUAUUAUUGCGCAAAGAGGUGCUGCUGCACGUUGCCCCAACCAGCAGAGGGUGACAAAAUCAUGUCAGCGUACCACAAUAAUCUGUAAAAUGAAUGGCUGCAUUAACAAAAUAUAAACCUUUUUUUUUGUUUUGUUUUGCACUGUGUGUAAUUAUUGAUUUUGUUUAAAUCACCACCUGCAGAUUUUGUGUUGAUUCAUUUGCUGAACAUUAUGAUUCUACUACAACUCAAAAUAUUAACUUGGUUUAAAUUGGACUGUUAAACGCUAAUGAAAAUAAAUGUAGUAUUCCUGUUAACUGCAUACAGAAACAAAGUUUUGUUUUCAGAUUCACGUUAUUUCACAGUGUCGGUUUCUGUUGUAACUGUGUUUCUCUCUCUUUCUCUCUCUAUCUCUCUCUCCUGCUCUCUCUCUCUCUCUCUCUCUCUCUCUCUCUCUCUCUCUCUCUCUCUGUCUCCUAAGUGAAUUGAAAAAGCCACCAGCGGUUGUGUUGGGCCUCUUAGUGAAAUGAGGCAGGGCAUGAAAAAUGAUCAAUAUGGCUGCCAGUGCUUCCUGUGACAUUAGACAUUAGGCCUGCAAAUCAUCCCCCCAUCCCCUCAACACACACACAUAUACAUACACUAGAAACCACCUCCUGUUGAGUUUCCUGACGACCUGCAGUGUGAAUGUGAAUAUGUUUGCAUGUUAAGAUGGGAUUUCACUAUAAUUAUGCACCCUGAUUUCUUCCACCGGCGAUGACUUGACUCUGUGAUUUAUACUAUUGAAUAAUAAGACAAUAUGAUUUAUACUACUGUAUACAGGUUUAAUUAGUUCUAAACUUGCAGGCAUUUAUUUAUUUCGUGAUGUACUGCUGUUUUGUACUAUGUGCAGGCUUUUUGCCAAAUUACAAGAUCAUCAAACCUCAAUCUUGGUGUUGUAUGAUCUGUGCAAAUUUACAUAGUGCUAACAGAAAUAAAUCACUGGAAA